CCCAGAAGGUCGCGCGGCAUCAACAGAAGGCACGUCAAUUCCUAGGGCGACGUAUUUUGCAGAAGCUGAGUUUCUGACGGUCUCCGGAUCCUAUAGUGCCAAGUGCGUUGGGCGCUUUGCUUCUCGAGGCGUCCUCCUUUCUCACCCUAAAGCAAUUGCCAUGAAGGAUUCGCUGGUACUGCAGAGCCGCGUUCCGGCGCACCCGGAUUCCCGCUGCUGGUUCCUGGCCUGGAACCCCACCGGGACCCUGCUGGCCUCAUGCGGAGGCGACCGGAAAAUUCGCAUCUGGGGCACCGAGGGUGACAGCUGGGUUUGCAAGUCUGUCCUUUCUGAAGGCCAUCAGCGCACCGUUAGGAAAGUGGCCUGGUCCCCGUGUGGAAAUUACCUGGCAUCUGCCAGCUUUGAUGCUACUACUUGCAUUUGGAAGAAGAACCAGGAUGACUUUGAGUGUGUGACCACUCUUGAGGGUCAUGAAAAUGAGGUCAAGUCAGUGGCUUGGGCCCCAUCAGGCAACCUCCUGGCCACCUGCAGCAGAGAUAAGAGUGUGUGGGUCUGGGAAGUUGAUGAAGAGGAUGAAUAUGAAUGUGUCAGUGUCCUCAACUCUCAUACGCAGGACGUUAAGCAUGUGGUUUGGCACCCAAGCCAGGAGCUUUUAGCUUCUGCUAGCUAUGAUGACACUGUGAAGCUAUACCAGGAAGAAGGGGAUGACUGGGUCUGCUGCGCCACCCUGGAAGGUCAUGAGUCCACUGUAUGGAGCAUAGCCUUUGAUCCCAGCGGCCAGCGUCUGGCAUCUUGCAGUGAUGACCGAACUGUGCGCAUAUGGCGCCAGUAUCUACCUGGCAAUGAACAAGGGGUGGCAUGCAGUGGCUCUGACCCCAGCUGGAAAUGUAUCUGCACUUUGUCGGGCUUCCACACCAGGACCAUUUACGACGUUGCUUGGUGUCAGCUGACAGGGGCCCUGGCUACAGCCUGUGGAGAUGAUGCCAUCCGAGUGUUUGAGGAAGAUCCAGGCUCAGACCCACAGCAGCCCACCUUCUCUCUGACAGCCCAUCUUCGUCAGGCCCAUUCCCAGGAUGUCAACUGUGUGGCUUGGAAUCCUAAGGAGCCAGGGCUCCUGGCCUCUUGUAGUGAUGAUGGGGAGGUAGCCUUCUGGGAGUAUCACCAGCCUGCAGGCCUCUGAGCUAGGAGGCCUACUUGAGUUGGGAGAUUCCCACAGCAAAUGUCCUAAGACUUUUCCUAGUCAUCAAGAUGACCUGAAGCAUCCUUGGCCUUCAUUUAGCUCAGGACCAUGCACAGUUUGCCGUCCUUGAUAUGAGGAAGCCAUUGGGCAGAGCCACGGAACAGCAGUAUAUUGUAUUAAAGGUUUGCUUGAUUUA